AUGGAGCACAUCGUUGUAAAUGACAUGGAAGAUGUGGAGGCCGACCAGGCUAUAAUGGCUGUAUCAGAUGAAGUGUUAGAAAGGCUUCGUCAAGACUAUCCCUGUCCCACAUUGGAAUCUAUAGGAGGUAAAAGGAGAUCUUCAGCCGGUGACCAUUCGCCUAUGAGAGGAUAUGGCCGAAAACGGAUGAGAAAGCUGUCGAGUAGCGAUGAGGACAGCUGCCAUGAAUUGAUGAACGACCCCAUAGCAGACGAAAUUGUUAGAAAUAUGCCCUCCGAUGCAGAUAUAUUGAACCAACAUACUCCAAGCACUUCUAAGACCGUUAGGAGCGGCCCAGCGGGGGACCCCCCGAAUACGAGUAAGGCGCCCUGUAUCGAUCCUACAGGAGAGCAGUGUGACAGAUCGGCCUUUGAUGGAGUUGUUCGAAGCCGUCUACUUCACAGCAGUAAGAACCACGAUUUGCUUCUUUUCUUACACGACGUAGAACUAAAGCUUGAGGAAACUCUGACACUAGAUAUUCUCUCUUCGCCCAUUAAAUGGUAUUUAUGCCUUAAGGCUUUGUUUUCCAGGAGAGGGCAUAAUGAGGAGCGCGAAAUAGCUACCUCCUUUUUCCGUAGCUGUAAUGUUGUAUCACUCAAUUGUGAUAGUUUGCGAGAGCAAAUUAAUUGUGCCUUCGCGAAAAUUAUUUCAUCCUUUGAUGAGUUUAUCGAUAGAGGUAGCGGGUGGGUUUUAGAGGAAGUAAACUACUUAGAACUAAAUACUUCAAAAUACAUACCGUUAAGCGGUUCAUCUUAUAUCCCUGUUCCCCCUGAAAUUGCGAAAAAGAAAGCUGUGUUAAACAUUAAAAAUACUGACACUAAAUGUUUCCUCUGGGCAAUUUUAGCAAGCCUCCACCCGUGUAAUGAUAGCAAGAGUGCGAAUCGUGUUAGCAAAUAUAGAGAGUUCGAACAUGAGCUAAAUUUAAAAGGUAUAACGUUCCCCAUGAAAUUAAACCAAAUAUCUAAAUUUGAAAAGUUAAAUAACUUGUCAAUAAAUGUAUUCGGUAAUGAAGAAAGUAACAUUUUCCCCCUUCACUUAUCCACAAAUCGUAGCGGUGUACAUCAUAUUAAUCUCUUACUGAUAUCAAAGGACGAAACUCAACAUUUUUGUUUGAUUAAAAGCAUGAGUAGACUAUUAUCUUCCUUAGUUGCGCAUAGGUCGUCAACUUUUUACUGCGACUUUUGUCUCCAUCGUUUUUACUCUAGAAAUGCACUCGAUGAUCAUAUAACCUAUUGUAAAGAACAUAAAAUGCAAAAAAUAACAAUGCCUAGUGAUGAAGAUCGCAUUCUAAAAUUCAAAUCGGUGCACAUGAUGCAUAAAAUACCCUAUGUAAUCUACGCUGACUUCGAGUGCAUUCUAGAGCAAAAUACUUCUAAUUUAGGAUCGCACACAGAAGUUAAUUCUCGUCAUGUGCCUUGCGGAUAUUCUUACGUCAUUAUAGACAUUGAAGGGAAAUGCGUUAAGCCGCCNAAUACUAUGUUUAAUAAGAUUUGUGUGACUGAAAAUUCCACACCAUAA